AUGGAGCAGCGCAUGCAGGACGUUCUGAAAGCUCAUGCAGAACAAGUGAGUGUGGAAAUCCGACUCGCAAUAGCAGCACAAGGUCAAGAAAUCCUGAAAACGGUUAAAGAGCAAAUUAACGCUGUUAAGAAGGAUAAUACAACACAGAUGGAGCAGGCAAAAUCUACUGCGGAAAAGGAAGCCAAGUCGAUCACUCGACGCCACUACGCAGAGGAGAACGCCGCUCACGAGACAUUAGAAACGAGGUUAUUACAAACAAUGGAAGAGUUCAAGAAAACGACUGUGGCUAUGGUUCUAUUGCAUGUCCAUGAACGUCUUCGAUCUUUCCUUAUCCAGCAAAUGGCCAAGGGGAGAGACGUGAAAAGCCAAGGUGCUGGGCAGUAUGCCAUUAAAGCGGUUCAUGAGCAGCGAUCGUGUGGUGAAGCCAACACAAUGAACCUCAACACGUCCUCGAUGGCUACCUCAACUAAUCCAUCUUCGGUGUCAUCGGAUGAAGAGAAGGAGAUGUAUACCAGCAAUAUUGAUGUGUCCAAACUAGAUCGAAGUAAUCGAGGUACACUGGCCGAAGACGCACACGAACAACUUAAACCAGUGCGCUGUUCUAAGUUGACCAGUCAACUAGAAAUCAAAUCAAGUCACGAUCUGCAAGCGAUUCGUCGAUCCGAGCAACAAAACGUUGUUGCACUUGGUCUCGCUAUCUAA